AUGAGCUACCAAAUCGGCAUCGGCGUCCCCGUGGACACGCUCCUCCCCGUCACCGGCGUCUCUACUCUGCCCUUCACGGGCCACCUCACCUUCCUCGCGAAUCGCAUCGUCUACCACCGCCUCAAGAACGAGAAAUACAUGGGCGAUCGCCUCGCCGACUCCAGCGACCCGCACACCGACCCCUUACCUCACGAGCCGCGCUCACGCCAACUUCCUCAAGAACGUGCCGCUCGCAUUCAUCUUCGCCGCCGUUGCUGA